AUGAAAUUAGCAGGAUCUGGCGUCGUGGGACAGUGGCUGGCAGUACUAUGGAUUCCUGUGACUUUUGUUUUUUCUCAUCUACCUUGCAUAGCUUUCACAUCGGCUCCGCACAUCCGCCCUUGUCAACUGAUGACGAUGAAAGCGCACGUUUGUCGGGUGGUCAGGACGAAUGCGGCACGGCGAGGUGUCCCUUCUGAGCCCAAAGCAUCGAGAAGUUUCGACAGGACCUAG